UCCUCCUACAAGGAGAACAAUCCACCAGAUGCCGGGCGCCUGAACAUCGUCCCAAACAUACUGAACAUUGUGCCCGGCUGGAGACCUCUGGACUCGGAUAAACAGCCCUACUUCCAGAUAGACUUCCUACAGCCCACCUUCAUCUCCGCCAUCAUCACCCAGGGAGGGAGACAAUCAGGAGGUUAUAUCACCAAGUACCAUCUCAUGUACAGUAACGAUGGACGUGUCUAUCAGAACUUUACUGGUCAGGAGAAGACCUCACCACAGAAACUCCAGAUAUUUGAAGCCAAUUCAGACAGUAACAGUCCAGUGAGGCAG